AGUGCCUACCUUCUGAUUUGGCAGAGAAACUCGCCACCGUUGAAGCGACAGAAACUCCCAAGAAAAAUUAAAGAACCGCACCGGAAGAUAAGAAAGAUUAACCAUGCAGAAGCCGCAUUUAGCAAACAACAUUCCAUGCUGUAUCGUCAUGGACACGUCCGCGCUGCUGGAUACCCAGUUUGACAUGGUGGAGCUGCUCUCAUGCCUGCUGCCCAACUCCCCACACGUUGUCGUCAUACCUGAGGACGUGUGGAUUGAACUGAAAGGGGUCGCGAACUCAACCGACGGGGCCACAGCCUCUCGAGCAGAGAGCGUGACGAAGGCGCUGGCGAAGUAUCCAGACUUCCGGUCGCACGCCACACAAACACCCGCCCGCAAAACGAACGCGGCAGGUGCGUCGUCGUCUUCGUCUUCCUUCGCCACCGCCAACGCAGCAGCCGGCUCUCGUGGUGUGGCCGUGCUGCAGAAGUCGAAAGAGACCUUCUACCCGCUAAAGAAGUUUGCCCGCAACCGGGACACCAAGAUCGUUGCCUGCGCCUACUACUUCACGGUGCACGACAGCAACACGUUGGGCGUUGGGGACACGCGGAGCUGUCCGCUACGCCGGUUUCGCUAUGAGAACGCGUUUUUUGUCACCAACGACGUGGUGCAGCAAAUUAAGGCCUCUCCAUACAAAAUCCCCACGAUUGACAGCUCCGAUUUGAAGCGCCACUGGGGACACCUAGGGCACUGGGAAUCGUAG